AUGCCCGAGCCUCCCUCGUCCGAAGUUAUCGAAAUCUCCGAUGACGAUGCCGCCUCAGAUGAUCGACCUCCUUCCCCAAACAGCAGCGAAUGGAUGAGCGACAGCGAUGUUGAAAUACCAGACGAUCCCCCAAUCGGCCCUCCUGUAGGCGACGAAGACAACGAAAGCGAUGAAAAUAUGGGGCAAGGACCGUCCAUCGUCGCGCGCGAGAGCACUGCUCCCCCGCUUCUGAGCGAUGUUGCCCGCACCGUGGAUGGAGAACUGAGGAUGCCACUGGUCGAACGACAUCCUUAUGUCAUGAACCACGCUCAGUUCUCUCCCCCGCUUAUGGUGAAGGUCCCGGUGCCAGAGCCGUUUUCGAAAGCAGGUUUGCAAGAUUCAGAUCACUUUCAUCAAUGGCUUGGUCACCUCGCGGGUGAUGAUGGUGUCGAGUCGCCGCCGUACUCGGAAGAACUCUCGGACCGGGAUAGAGAUCUGUACGGGCGUAUAACCGACAACGUGCGACGGGAGGCUUGCAACCUUCGUCUCCUUCAGAAGCUUCUCGCUACGACUGAGUGCGAGAUUCUCGAGCUCCAGCGUACGAAGUUCAUUCUUGCGCGCGCCGCCACACAUCCUCUAAUGAGAGCCGCCGCCCUCGCGCAGGGUGUCGACUUAGAGAUUCCCGCAUGGUUGCGCCGACGCGCGUCCGCUCCCCUUCCUCGGUCUGGUUUCCAGCCUGACGGCCGCGCGCCACCGGCUGCCGCGGCCAAAGGCAAGAAGAGCGUCAACUUGCGAUCUCCCGCGACCAACACCGUGUCUCCAUCACCCGUCGCUGGGCCCUCACCAUCGGGCCGCCCACACGUUGGACCAGGCGGAGGUAACCAUGACCGGAGAAAACAACAGGGGGCUGUAUACGUUAACGCGGGGAGCCCGGUGAACUUUCUAGAGACAUCGGAUCAUCUACAACACCCGCUCGCCGGACCUUCAAAGCCUGAAGCCCUAGAGGGCUGUACCUCCGGUGUGCCAACUUCUCUCGGGCCAGUUCCGAGUGAAGGUCGGGCCGGCGGACGUCGACAACGUUCGGACUCCGCCGGUUCUGACAUAGUUGAAGUGCCGCCUCCCAAGAGGUCGCGAAUGUAG